ACAAAUAUUAAACUCUUAUUUUAAUAUAUUUUCAAUAUUUUUUACUCCUACGUUAGCCUUUUUUCCCGAAUGGAUACGGAGUAUAUCAGAGUAGGAAAUUUAAUGCCAAGGCCAGACAGACCCCAUGAAACCUCCACUUUUGAUAGUAUUUCUUUUUGGUUCUAUAGUAAUCACGCUCUUAACCCCCCCUGCUGAGGUUAAAGUAGAUGCCAGGGUGGAAAGGAAGACGGAAUCCGCUGCUCUCCCGGCCACCACGACACUCUCCCCGCCGGAGGGCAACACGACGUUCCUCGGCGGGACGAGCUGGUGCGUGGCCCGCAACAACGCACCCCAGUUCGACUUGCAGGUGGCGCUGGACUGGGCCUGCGGCUGGGGUGCGGUGGAUUGCGGGGCGAUUCGGGCCGGGGGCCCGUGUUUCGAGCCCGAUACACUCGUCUCCCACGCCUCCUACGCCUUCAAUGCAUACUACCAGCAGAAUGGGAACAAUGACGUGGCCUGCAACUUCGGUGGAACUGCCAUGCUCACCGGAAACAAUCCAAGUUAUGAAACAUGCACUUACGCAACCUCAGGUCAACACAGUGAUGUGAAGUCGUCGGGAGCUGGAGGGCCAAAGCCAAAGGAAAACAUAUUUUGGUGUGAAAUAGGUUGUCUCUUUCUAUUACUUAUGUAUUGGACAAGCUAGGCAGUUAUGAAGUUAAUAAAUCAAAAGAGGGGGCAAAAGAAAAAGAAGAACAAAUUUAAAAGUGUCCUUAGUUACGUUUGGGACACUUAAAACAUUCUUUUCUUUUUUGAUGGUUUAAGAAUUUGUGGUUGUCCCUUCAUUUUUGCUAGCAUGAGUUUAAUUAAUUAGGUAUCUUAAU